GUUUCAGUUUUUCAGUCCAACGUGCGAGUUCGCAGUUCGAGUAACGGUUACAAACAAACAACAAUAAAGUUGGCAAAGCACUUUUUACUCUGUGCGGCAGGAGUUGAAUUUGGAAUUUCGAUUUUUUGAUAGAAUUUCUUGUGUGUUUUAUUGGCAGCGCGUGCGCGACGCGCAUUAAAGGCCUCCCCAAAAAGGCUCCUCGAAAACAAAAACAAAAACAAAACCUGUGAAGUGAACAAAAUAAGAAAUCAAUAAUUCAACAAUUGUUUAAACAAUUUGAACAAAACACACAAAAUUCUGGAUAAGUGUGUGCGACGUUCGUUAGCUGAGUUUGAAAAAUGUUGCCACCGCGAUUGCUGCGAAUUGCCUUUGUGAUAUGCCUGCUGGUUGUAUUGCUCUCUCCCUCCACAGACAGCGCGCAAACCAAGACGCGUCGGCGCAUGCGACGACCAAGCACAGUUACCAGUUCAUCACGCAGCAGUUUGCUGACCUCCAAGAAGGCAACUGAAUCGCCGGUGGCCGAGAAGCGCAUCGAUCAGGAACCGGCCUCCACGACCAGCGUCGCUCGCACUCGUCUCCGCUCCAAGUCGAAGCUCCGCGGAGGUGCAGCUGCCGCAGCAGCCGCUGCUGGAGGAGCUGCGCUUGUUGCCAGUGGAUCUUCGCUGAAGGGCAAGAAGACGAAGGUGGAUGAUGGCACACCGAAGAUCGUUUGCUAUUACACCAAUUGGUCGCAGUAUCGUGUUAAGGUUGGCAAGUUUGUGCCCGAGGAUAUUCCCGCUGAUCUCUGCACGCACAUUAUCUUUGCCUUUGGCUGGCUAAAGAAGGGCAAGCUGAGUUCCUACGAGUCCAACGAUGAGACCAAGGACAAUGUACCUGGACUUUAUGAACGCAUGAUGAAUCUGCGCAAGGCGAAUCCCAAGCUGAAGAUUUUGCUGGCUAUUGGCGGUUGGUCCUUCGGCACACAGAAGUUCAAGGAUAUGUCAGCUACUCGCUACACUCGCCAGACCUUUGUCUACUCUGCCAUUCCCUUCCUGCGUAAACGUGGUUUCGAUGGUCUCGACAUGGAUUGGGAAUACCCCAAGGGAUCUGAUGACAAGAAGAACUUUGUGCUGCUGCUGAAGGAAUUGCGCGAAGCCUUCGAGGCUGAGGCCCAGGAACUGAAGCAACCUCGUCUCCUCUUGUCCGCUGCUGUGCCUGUGGGUCCCGACAAUGUGCGCGGUGGUUAUGAUGUGCCUGCCAUUGCCAGCUAUCUGGACUUUAUCAAUCUGAUGGCCUACGAUUUCCACGGCAAAUGGGAACGCGAAACGGGACACAAUGCACCACUCUAUGCACCCUCCUCGGACUCCGAGUGGCGCAAACAGUUGUCGGUGGACAAUGCUGCCAAUCUGUGGGUCAAGAUGGGCGCACCCAAGGAGAAGUUGAUCAUUGGUAUGCCAACCUAUGGACGUAGUUUUACCCUCGCCAACACCGAGAAGCACGGACCCAAUGCACCAGCCACAGGCGGCGGUCGCGAAGGUGUUUAUACCAAGGAGAGCGGUUUCCUGGCCUACUACGAAAUCUGUGAGAUGCUGCUCAAUGGCGCCGUCUAUGUGUGGGAUGAGGAGAUGAAGGUGCCCUACUUGGUGGAUGGUGAUCAGUGGGUGGGCUUCGAUGAUGAGCGCGCGAUUCGCAACAAGAUGCAUUGGAUCAAAUCGAAUGGCUUUGGCGGUGCUAUGGUCUGGACUAUUGAUAUGGAUGACUUCAAGGGUGAGGUGUGCGGAGGAAAUGUCAAGUAUCCAUUGAUUGGAGCCAUGCGUGAGGAACUCUUGGGCAUUUCGCGUGGCAAGGAGGCCAAGGAUGUCAACUGGACUGCUGUGGCUGCUACGUUCGAGGAUAUUGAAGAGAAACCUGAACCCAUCAAGAUUUCUGUGGAUGAAAUUCUGAACAAGGUGCGCAAACCACAUGUGCAGAAGAAGCAACGCAUCAAGGGCGGCUCUAAUGCUGUGGAUACCAAUACUCGUCCCGCUCAGGUCUUCUGUUAUCUGACCAGCUGGUCUGCUAAACGCCCUGGCGCUGGCAAAUUCGAACCGGAGAACAUUGAUCCUAAACUGUGCACACACAUUGUCUACGCCUUUGCCACGCUGCAGGAUUACAAGCUGGCUGAAGCUACCGAUGAUGAUCCCGAGAACUACGAGAGCGUUAUUGCCUUGCGUGACACGAAUCCCGAUCUGCAAAUCUUGUUGGCCAUUGGCGGUUGGGCCUUUGGUUCCACGCCCUUCAAGGAGCUCACCUCGAACGUGUUCCGCAUGAAUCAGUUCGUCUACGAAGCCAUCGAUUUUCUGCGUGAUUACAAAUUCAACGGCUUGGACGUCGAUUGGGAGUAUCCACGUGGUGCUGAGGAUCGUGUUGCCUAUGUGAAUCUGCUCAAGGAAUUGCGUGUGGCUUUCGAGGGCGAAGCCAAGUCAUCGGGAUUGCCACGUCUCCUGCUCACAGCUGCUGUGCCCGCUUCCUUCGAAGCCAUUGCUGCUGGCUAUGAUGUGCCCGAGAUCUCCAAAUAUCUGGACUUUAUCAAUGUGAUGACCUACGAUUUCCACGGUCAAUGGGAGCGCACUGUGGGCCACAAUUCGCCGCUGUUUGCUUUGGAAUCCGCCACCGGUUACCAGAAGAAACUGACUGUGGAUUACAGCGCACGCGAGUGGGUGAAACAAGGUGCACCCAAGGAGAAGCUAUUGAUUGGCAUGCCCACCUAUGGACGUAGCUUUGAGCUGGUCAAUGAGACGCAAUUCGACAUUGGUUCACCAUCUUCGGGUGGCGGCAAGACGGGCAAGUUUACCAACGAGGCGGGCUUCCUCAGCUACUACGAAGUGUGCACUUUCCUGGCAGCAGACAACACCACAUUGGUGUGGGAUUCGGAGCAGCAGGUGCCCUUCGCCUACAGAGGCAAUCAGUGGGUGGGCUUCGACGAUGAACGUUCACUCAAGACAAAGACCGAAUGGCUUAAGGAGCAAGGCUUUGGCGGCAUUAUGGUGUGGUCUAUUGACAUGGAUGAUUUCUCUGGACGCUGCGGCAGCGGCAAGUAUCCUCUGUUGAAUGCGCUCAGUGAGGAACUCAAGGAUUACAAAGUGGCGUUGGAAUACGAUGGACCCUACGAGUCCCAUGGACCACGUGGAGCUUACACGACAAAGGAUCCUCAUGACGUUACCUGCGCGGAGGAGGAUGGUCACAUUAGCUACCACAAGGAUUGGGCCGACUGCACACAUUACUAUAUGUGCGAGGGUGAGCGCAAGCAUCACAUGCCAUGUCCUGCCAACCUGGUCUUCAAUCCCCAGGAGAAUGUGUGCGAUUGGCCCGAAAACGUUGAGGGCUGCCACGCACCAACGGAGGCGCCUGCCUAAGAAUGGACUGUAAUGCAAGUCCUUAGGCACUUCUUUUGUAAAGCUCCCAUUUGCAAGUUGUUAAUACGAGUACGAGUACGAGAGAGUAUAUAAUAUUCAACAAACAAAAAAAACAAACGAUGCCCUAGUUUUAGUUUUGAAAUUGCUGCCCCAACCAACCCCUCCCGCCCACACUAACUCGACAAAAACAAAAAACAAAUACUCAAAAUCAGCUGAAUUUUUUGUACUACAAAUGUAAGCUUAAUUAAACAUAUAUUUAGCGUUUAAGUAGUUUUUAUGUUUUAGCUAAAAGUGAAUGCACAACUUUUAUGUAGUUGCCUCCUCUAACAAAAAACGAAAACAAAACAAGAAACAAAAACAAAAUGAACACAGCUUUCGCAUUUCCUUCCGUUUCGAUAAACACAAUUAUUAUAAACAAAAAACAAAACAA